CGUGGAACUAUUCUUGCUGUACGCUCUAAUACUAAUAUAGCUAUGGUUGCACUUGCACAAUACCUGAUAGAAAUCUUUAUUAAAUUAGUUCAAUUCAAUGUCCUCAGCUUCUCAAGUUCCCAUUUCCACUUUUGAAAGGCACCCAGAACAGAAUUUGGAACCUAUUACUACUUGUGAACUAUCAAGGUCGCGCUGAAGGUACACAAAGUGGAGACCAGAAAAUAUGACCUUUUCUCCUUUAGGAUACUAGUGUACUGAACUACGUACCUUUAUCAUCGUCUUUUAUACCUGGUUCCACUGACGUAAUACCGCCUGCUUAGUUCAUGCACUCUCCCCGGUUAUGUGAGCUCGUAGCCCACUGCUAGAGGUACACAAACUAGACGACGUCAGCUUUUCUCGCCGCCAUUUUAGUAGCGGAAGAAGACCUAUUCAUCGUUUCUCUGUGUAUUUCUUCCGUCUCCCUAGAUUAUGAUAGCAUUGAUAUGGGUACCUUCACUGGCGUCCUUCACUAGUGAGUGCUCACACGUUUGCCAGUAACUCUGAAAGACAGCGAACAACAAGAGAUACCAAAGUUGUCCGUUUCAUCGCUGUACGAAUGGCACUGGGUGAAAACUGACCUGGGCUAGUCUGCUGCAACUUGCUGUAAACGUAAAGGUUCACUUUUUUGCUCGCAGAAUGGCGUAACGCGCAUGAGCAUCAAAGGCAACUGCCGACCCGGAUCGUUUUGUAUUGCACGAUGACGUCAUCUAUUAGGCGUUUCCAAUCCCUUUCACCCGCUCUAGUAUCUAUGGACUAACUUAAAGGGUAACUAACUGCAACGGAAAAAUCAAAAAUUCUAUGUUGGAAAUCGAUAGUUCUAGUUGCAUACAUGACAGGAAAAAUAGUUGUAGAUUUUUAAGAUAGGCCUUCGCUGUGAUAUAGCAGGUGAAAGUUGCUUCCAGUUAUUCGAGUUCCGGUGAAUGGCGUGGUAUCGUGUUGAAGUCACUGGAGGGAGACGCGUGUACGUGUGUAGUCAGCGGAGCGUAGAAAAUGGCUACACCUUUAGACCUAAGGCAUCACCAUCGUGUUAGAGGUGAUGACAGCGACAGGUCUUCUUCCGAAGAGCCGUCCGGAGGUUCUUCAAGCGAUGAAUUGCAAGAUGAGGAAGAUCUGCCGGGAGCCAUCGAGCGACAUGUGGUCAUUUGGUGUCUUGCUAUGGGGGAUUGCUACACUUGCUUGAUGCUGGCAGCCAUCAUACCUUGUACUGACCUUAAGUUCUUCCCAAUGGUAUGACAUCAAUCAACGUUGAACCCACUCUAGAAUCACCAGGAGUUACGAAAUCAACGAAAUCCGCUGAAUUUGGAAAGAGAUUUAGUAUAAUUAUCAGUCGUCUUAACGUCGGUUUAUUUAUCUUGGUUGGCGACAAUGGCUACCACUCCAUUAGCCUCGAACUUCCGGACCAGAGCGUCAGGACCAAAAUCAUACAAAAUGACUUCGAAAUCGCCGCUGACCACUGAUGCUAUGGUACGUUCACACGUGCAGGAAGUUACAGGCAGAGUUGUCAGACGGACAAAAGAUUACAGAUACUAUAGCAAAGGUUUCUUUGAACAAGUUUUGCACCUUCUUAGAAAGAGGUUGGCAACAAUUGGAGGGAAGUUGCGAAAUAUGUUCCUUUUCUAUCCUGUUUCGUCAUUUGCUAUAAUUUCAAUUUGCCAUUACGUUGAUGCCAUUGGUGCUACGACUACUAUAAUCAACAAAACGGCUACAGUUGGCGAUAGCUUUAAUUUCACAUGCUAUCCAAGCGAAUAUUGCUUACGUCCAGCUAGUAUUUGUUGGGGUGUAGAAUGGACAGUUCGAAAAAAGUCAUUUAAUGAUAGUCAUGAUGUCGAAGUUGAAGAUUGUCCAAAUUCUUCAAUUUGCUUUCACCAUCCCUUCUUCAAUGAUGGAUCGUCUGUGAAACCGUGGAGUUUGAUGGUGUUUAGAAACGUUACGUCAACGUCGGAGGGAGAGUACAAGUGUACGGAGUAUAUUGAUCGUUACCCGGAGCCUUCUGGCGUCUCCUUGCAAGUUUUGUUGUCGCUCACAGUCAAGACGAGUCACAAUAUCACAAACAGUGAGACAGGCAGAAAACAUGAAACCACAACAACAGCAGCAAGUCGGACGGGGCUAGGCGUUUAUGGAACGUCAAGCUCCAUUUCUAAAAUAUCGUGGCUAACGACAACAGCUAAAGACUCUUCUUCUACGUCUGGUGAUAAUAGAGUCACCAUCACGACAAUCGCUGUCACUCUGUCUACAUUGUUGGCUUUUAUUUUCACAAUUUGCGUCGUUUACUGUUUAUGUAAGAAAGCUGAGUGUUUGUUUCAAAGAGAAGAAAGUGAAGAUUCAUGGUCGGCCACAAACGUGAUAUGCAGAGUUUACAAUAAGUAUUGGGAGGAUUGGGAAUUUCAGCGUGAUCGUCUCGUUGUUCACAAUGAGUUCGCUCAUGGGAUGUUUGGUACAAUCUACAGAGGCGACGCAUACGGAAUUGCUUUGCCUAAAACGUGGUCUACGGUCGCUGUCAAAAUGUCAACAAGAGAUAAAGACGACAGCGUAUCAUCUAACGAAGCAAUACUUAGAGCAGAAGCGCAGCUCUUCGUUGUUAUGGGCGACAGCAGACAUGAAAACGUCGUUCGCUUAUUAGGAAUUUGCUCAGGAGAAGGUCCUCUUUGUCUUAUCUUUGAGUAUGCCCGUCACGGCGACCUCAAAAGUUAUUUGCGAUCGCACAGAGAAUCGGAAUCAUGUGAAGAGGAUUGCACCAACAAUACAAGCAACAGCAAAGAAACUAAAACGUUAUUAAUAACUGCUCACAAAAUGUUUUCCUUUGCCAUACAAAUUGCAUCAGCAAUGGAAUAUCUCUGUGACAAGCAGAUAGUUCACUGCGACUUGGCUGCUCGAAAUGUGUUGGUAUUUGAGGAAGAAGUUUUAAAAGUUUGCGAUUUCGGAAUGGCAAGAAACGUAAAAUCUUAUGGCUACUAUCGUCGGCAGUCAAAGGGUUUGCUUCCUUUAAAAUGGAUGUCUCCUGAAUGUAUAAUGUACAAAUGCUACACACAGGCGAGCGACGUAUGGUCGUUCGGAGUAUUGCUGUGGGAGAUCGCCACUUUAGGAGGCUCUCCUUAUCCAAGCGUUCCUACACAAAGACUCUACGAUAUUCUGACAAGUGGUUAUCGAAUGAAUUGUCCGACUAGCUGCCCACGUCGUCUACAUGCUAUUAUGCUUCUCUGUUGGACGGAUAAUCCUAGUCAAAGACCUACAUUUGAGGAUCUCUCGGGACAAUUGUCUGACGCAAUGAAGAGAAUUUGAAAAAUAAUUGAAUACUUUGUUAGUUAACGUGGACUAUUUGGUUGAAUGUUAGUGCAGCUGUGUCUGCAAGUGUCUUACUGUCUCUAGCAUAUUCUUCACUUAGAGAGUGCGUGCGUAGGAAUAAUGCGAAAGAAAAGCAGCCUAUUUUAGUUUGACGAUUUAUAUCCUAAAAUUGGGAGUAACAUGGCUUAUGAUUUUCUGAAAUCAAAUUGUAGCUUUCAGCCACA